AUGCUAGCAGCGUCCGAGAUGGAUUGCCAGGAGUUGCCUUGCACCCGGGCGCAGCGCGCGACACAUUUCAAACGCUGCCUCAGGUCCAAGACAGGCUGCAGGGCGUUGCCCUUACAUGCUAGCGUGCUAGCAGCAUCCGAGAUGGAUUGCCAGGAGUUGCCUUGCGCACGGCCGCAGCGCGCGACACAUUUCAGUCAUUCUGCAGAGCAUUUUAUCGAGCCUUGGUCGGCAGAGUUGUUGCAGAGCCCGGUGAAAAUUGCAGGGCAGAUCACCUUGCGUUGCCAGGAGCUGCCUUACAGCUCAUCCAGGAAAAGCGCGUGGCUUUUUGGUUUCAAAGCGGAAGCUCAUACCGCAGUUGUGUCUUCUCAACGAUACGGCCAAAUGACAAUGUCUUUGUACGGCCGUAGAACUUCAGUACGCUAG